GUGAAAACAACAGCUCACUCACGUAUCGCUUUUCCCUUUUCUCUGAGAUAAUACGAAAAAAGGAAAUACAAAUAAAAGCAUACAAACAAAGUGAGAAUUUUUUUUAAAAGUUCCUCUCUCGACCUAUCCGAACCUCUUCGUUUUCGAUCUCGGAGUUCGUCGAAGCACAAAAUGCAGGUUCAAUGACAAACUUUUCAAUUUGAAAAUCAUACAUCGCUCUGGGAAAAGGCAAGCAAGUAUGAAUAAAGAAAAUGAACCUACCGAAGAAGUUGAAGAGCCUACAGGAAGAAUUACGCGAGCAAGGUAUAAAGCCUUGCGGGCGGCUGGAGGAAUAUGCUCCUCCUCAAAACCAUCUUUCAAACAGGAACAGAAACGUGUUCUUCGAUUGAACUCCAAAAGAGCAGCAUCAGAUGAGAACAAGGCUUCUGUGCCUGCUACGGUUGGCCUUCAGCCUAAAAGAAGGGCAGUGCUUAAAAAUGUAACCAAUGUCAUCGAUGACACUUUGUACAUGGACUGCACAAAUGCAACUAAAAAUCGGAUCACCAAGCAGACCAUUACAGACCAUAGUGAGAAGAACACAGAAAUGUUUGAGGAUAUUGCCAUGGAAAUCCCAUCAGCUGAAGAGGAUGUGAAAGCUAAAUUAGCUGAUUCCUUAUCGAAAAUAAGGAUGGUGGAAACGCAAGAAAUCACUUUACCAGUAAUACCGGAGGAAAGAGAAUUACUGGAAUCUAAGUGUUGUGCAAAAGAACGUGCUACUGCAGAUGCAAUGCCUCCAAAACAUGUUUCCGCAAUGGAUGUUGAAGUGCAAAGCCAUCAGAAAAUAGAUCAAAACGAGGCUUGCAAGAAACUAGGAGCCUCGAAAGAUGUCGUGGAUAUUGAUUCCAACCUAAAAGAUCCUCAAGCAUGUGGCUUGUAUGCCCCAGACAUAUACAAUAACAUGCAUGUUACUGAGCUUAACCAAAGACCCUCAACAAAUUAUAUGGAACAGUUGCAGCGGGAUAUUACCCCAAGCAUGCGAGGAAUUUUGGUUGACUGGUUAGUUGAGGUUUCUGAAGAAUAUAAGUUAGUCCCAGACACGCUUUACCUCACCGUGAGCCUCAUUGAUCGUUUUCUUUCUCACAAUUUUAUAGAAAAACAAAGGCUCCAGCUACUUGGCGUUGCUUGCAUGCUAAUUGCCUCAAAGUAUGAAGAGAUUUGUGCACCAAGAGUGGAAGAAUUUUGCUUCAUCACUGAUAAUACCUACACAAGAGAAGAGGUGCUGAAAAUGGAGAGCAAAGUUCUAAACUUCUUGUAUUUUCAGUUGUCAGUUCCAACCACAAAAACAUUUCUCAGGAGAUUCAUUCAAGCAGCACAAGCAAGUUACAAGGUUCCUUGUUUAGAACUAGAGUUCUUAGCCAAGUAUUUAGCAGAGUUGACUCUUCUUGAGUACAGCUUCUUAAAGUUCUUACCUUCAAACAUCGCUGCAUCUGCUGUUUUCCUUGCCAGAUGGACUCUCAAUCAAUCAGACCAUCCAUGGAACCCAACCCUGGAGCAUUACACUAGUUAUAAAGCAUCAGAGCUGAAAAAUACGGUUCUUGCAUUGGAAGAUCUGCAGCUCAACACUAAUGGUUGCUCCCUGAAUGCUAUACGCGAGAAGUAUAGGCAACAGAAGUUCAAAUGUGUAGCAAUGAUGACUUCCCCGGAAAGUGUUGGAUCAGUCUUUUUAAGAUGAAGAAGAAAGCUGAUUUUAUGUUCUAAACCAUUCCCCCUCUUGGAGAAUGAAUCUGAUCCAAAUAUUUAAAAAUAUUACUUUUUUUUUUUUUUAAAGUUGUCCGUUUUGUUGUAACAUUUUGUCUGUCAAGUUCUGGUGCUUCCAGACCUACUGUAACCUUGUAACAUUCUACACCAUCGAUCUUUAUUUUCUUUUGUCUUUUAGAGCUUUCUUUCUUCGAUCGGACUAGUCCAAGGGCAAUGGAAAAUUGGAAUUAAAUUUGAAUA